GUCAGGAAACUGUUGGAAACAAAGGAAUGAUUCUUCCAUUUCAACCACUGACAAUGACUUUCCACAAUGUCAACUACUAUGUUGAUAUGCCACAGGAAAUGCGUUCGCAAGGCGUGCCAGAAACAAAAUUAAAGCUCUUAUCAAGUGUGAGCGGAGUGUUCUCACCAGGUGUCCUUACAGCUUUAGUUGGGCCAAGUGGGGCAGGCAAGACCACUUUGAUGGACGUCCUCGCCGGUCGCAAAACGGGUGGAUACGUCGAAGGAGAUAUCAAGAUUUCGGGUUACCCUAAAGAACAACGGACGUUUGCGAGAAUUUCCGGAUAUGUUGAGCAGAACGAUAUCCACUCUCCUCAAGUGACUGUUGAAGAGUCUCUCUGGUUUUCCGCCAGUCUUCGUCUUCCAAAGGAGAUCAGUAAAGAACAAAAACGUGAAUUCGUUGAAGAAGUGAUGAGAUUGGUAGAGCUUGAUACUCUGAGGGAUGCCCUAGUCGGUUUACCAGGUGUAACUGGCCUGUCGACAGAACAAAGGAAACGUUUAACGAUAGCGGUGGAGCUAGUGGCGAAUCCGUCAAUAAUAUUCAUGGAUGAACCGACGUCUGGACUUGAUGCGAGGGCAGCUGCCAUUGUGAUGAGAACUGUCCGAAACACUGUUGACACUGGAAGAACAGUGGUUUGCACCAUUCACCAACCCAGCAUUGACAUUUUCGAGGCAUUUGAUGAGGUCCAAUAA